UUUGCCUCUAUUUGGAGUUGUGUCGAUUGCAGAUUUAAGUUUUUUUUUUCUUGUAUUGUCCUGCUUGUACUCGCACGGAGCUCGUUGGCAGGCUCUUCCCUCACAGAGCCCGCACCAGGAUGGGUGCUCUCCCGGCGCAGCGGCAAUUAUGGAUGUGUGUUUUGAUCUUUACUGGAAUAACAGAAGUUUGCGCUUCAAACGUCUGCACCUCCAGAGGAGCCAGCACAUGCAAGCAAUGUCUGGCUGUGCACCCGAGCUGUGCGUGGUGCUUUCAAGAGGACUUUGGCCAGGGAGUUGCCAGUUCCUCCCGCUGUGACCUGAAGAGUAACCUGGUGGCGGCGGGCUGUGCUCUGUCGGGCCUGGAGUAUCCAACCAGCAAAUUGCAGGUGAUCGAGGACCGGCCCCUCAGCAACAAGGCAGCGGGGGCCACACAAGAUGUCACACAGAUCAAGCCCCAGAAACUCCACAUCACCCUCAGGCCAGAUGAUGCUAAGCGCUUCACAGUGAAGGUGCGUCAGGUAGAGGACUACCCCGUGGAUCUCUACUACCUCAUGGACCUCUCUUACUCCAUGAAUGAUGAUCUCUUCCGCCUGAGGACGCUGGGGAAAGGCCUGGCCGAGGCCAUGAACCGCACCACCAGCAACCUCCGCAUGGGCUUUGGGGCGUUUGUGGACAAGCCGCUCUCACCUUACAUGUACAUCUCCCCCAAAGAGGCUGUGAUGAACCCCUGCUACAGCAUAAACACCACCUGUCUGCCCCAGUUUGGCUACAAGCACGUCCUGUCUCUGACGGAGGAAGUGGGCCGCUUCACAGAGGAAGUGAAGAAGCAGAUGGUGUCCAGGAACCGAGAUGCCCCGGAGGGAGGCUUUGAUGCCAUCAUCCAGGCUGCUGUGUGCAAGAAGCAGAUCGGCUGGCGUCCUGGUGCUUCCCAUCUUCUGAUCUUCACUUCGGACGCAAAGACUCAUGUGGCUCUGGAUGGUCGUCUGGCAGGAAUCGUGCAACCCAACGACGGGCAGUGCCACCUCAACUCUGACAAUAUGUACAGCAUGUCUACCACCAUGGAUUACCCAUCUCUCGCUCUGAUCACAGAGAAGAUGUCGGAAAACAAUAUCAACCUCAUCUUUGCUGUCACCAAUCCUGUGGUUCCUCUGUACCAGAACUACAGCGAGCUGAUUCCUGGUACCACAGUAGGAACACUGUCCAACGACUCGGGCAAUGUUAUUCAGCUCAUUCAGAAGGCCUAUGCUAAAAUUCGUUCCAAGGUGGAGCUGGAGCUCCAAGGCAUCCCAGAGGAGCUGUCCCUGUCCUUUAACGCCACCUGUCUGAAUGGAGAGCUCAUCCCUGGCCUCAAGUCCUGCUCUGGGCUCAAAGUAGGAGAUACGGUGUCUUUCAGUGUGGAGGCCAGAGCUCGCGGUUGCCCCAAGCAGAAGAAGAAAACCUUCAUAAUUAAGCCUGUGGGCUUCAAGGACUCCCUCUCCAUCACCGUCACCUUCGAGUGCGACUGCAAGUGCCAGGCUAAAGCCCAGCCCCUCAGCCCCAAAUGUCACUAUGGCAACGGUACCUACGAGUGUGGCAUCUGCCUGUGCCACCCGGGUCGCUUGGGGCCGCACUGUGAGUGUGCAGAGGGCGACUAUAAUCCCACAGAGCAAGACCGCUGCAGUGGGCACCACUCUGCCAUCUGCAGCGGCCGCGGAGACUGUGUGUGCGGCCAGUGUGUGUGCCACAGCAGUGACUUUGGGAAAGUCUGGGGCAAGCUGUGCGAGUGUGAUGACUUCAACUGCCUGCGCUAUAAGGGGGAGCUCUGCUCAGGCCACGGUGUCUGUAACUGUGGCUUCUGCCAGUGUGCACCAGACUGGCAAGGUGAGAACUGCAACUGCUCCAGACGUACUGACACCUGUAUGUCCAACCUGGGUCUGCUGUGCAGCGGGAGGGGCCAGUGUGUGUGCGGGGCCUGUGAGUGCACCCAGCCCGGGGCGUACGGGGCCACAUGUGACAAGUGUCCCACCUGCCCUGACGCCUGUACCAUGAAGAAGGAGUGUGUGGAGUGUAAGCACUUCAAGAGGGGCAAGCUGUUUGAGGACAACACCUGCUCUCGAAUCUGCAAGGAUGAAAUCCAGCUAGUGGAUGAAUUAGUGCUCCAUGACACAAAUGCUGUGAACUGCACUUACAAAGAUGAGGAUGAUUGCGUGGAGCAUUUCCAGUACUAUGAAGACGCCAGUGGCAAGUCCAUCUUGUUUGUCGUCAAAGAGCCCGACUGCCCAAAGGGUCCAGACAUUUUGGUGGUGCUUCUGUCAGUGGCGGGAGCCAUCUUGUUCCUCGGCCUGGCGGCUCUGCUUAUCUGGAAACUGUUGGUCACCAUCCAUGACAGACGGGAGUUCGCCAAAUUUGAGGAAGAACGCGCUCGUGCCAAGUGGGACACGGGACACAAUCCUCUCUACAAAGGAGCCACCUCUACCUUCACAAACAUCACGUACAGAGGAAAAGACUGAUGCUACUGAACAGGGAUGAAGAAUAAAGGAUGAAAUAAUGGACUUUGCGGAAAGGCACCGAAUCAUGUGCAGGCCUCUACUGUCACAAGACAAUAAUUAGUAAUUAUUUGUGUUUGUAAAUAUGUAGAAAUGAUUCUGAGGACACAUUUUUAUCAGGGAUUUGUCAUGAACAUCCACUUGAGGUAUUGUUUUGUGAGAACUGUUUUGUUGUGCAGGCCAAAAUAAAGGUUUAGUUCACCUAUACUUUCAUCUUGCCAAUGUAUCCAGCCAUGUAUAUCGUAUUUAUUUUAUAUGCCUAUGUAUUGACAACCACUGUGCACAUAGUACAUGGACUAUAGUCUGUAUAUAUAUUGCUAAAAGCAUCCAAAAAUUACAUUUUAGUUCUAGUUAAGCUGGAAAACCCACAGACCUUGCCAGUAUUGAUAGUCUUCAUUAUUAUUUUUUUAAUCUUUGGUGGAAAAUACUAUCAAAAGAGAACUAUUGGCAGCAAGAUCUGUGGAUUAACAAAUGUUUCCUUGGCAAAUAAAACAAAAAGUAUUCUCAUGACUGGAUACCACUGAGGCUAAGUGGGAUAAAUCUAUUUUAAAAAAGUGAUGUUUGUGGACUAAUGUUUGAGGUCAGUGGAAGAACUGAAGUGCAGAUAAUGUUACGCAAAACAAACUUCAUUUCCUGAUCAUAAUGUUGGGAUUUCCUGUUAUCGGUACACAGUGGAACUAUGGCGAGAUAAACUGUCUUUAAUUCCCAGAAGUGACUUCUGGAGAUGUGAUGUGGUUUUAGGUGAACUCUUCAUUUCCUGAAAACUGGUGCAGUUUCAUGUGUAGACUCUUAGAGAUAAGUGUUAUCGGUGUCACUAAUUGUAUGUUUUUACUAAAAUAUGUAGACACUGUAUUUCAUUCAUUCUUUCCGAUGAGGUUAAAGGUGUCCAGGUUUGAGAUGUCAAAGACAAAGGCAAAUAAACAUGAGCUUGUUUCCAUAACGAUUACAAA